CCAAUGUGGUCACCGUUAAUCGUGAUUAAAUUAUAGGUGAGCUUAAUUGUAUUCAAUCCAUCUUUAGCCACGAGUGAGGUUGUUAAGCACACCGAAUGAAAUGAGAUCAACCAUGUUUAUCGCCAUAUAUAUUGGAUAUAGUAUAGUUUAUACCGUCAUCAAUGAGGCAAAAAUGGUGUUUUCAUGAUCAUUAGUAAGGAUUUUGAUCUACUCCAUAUUGGAUUUGGUAAGGUAUCACAUGUUUUCUAUCGAUCGAGUUACCUUUGUUGUGUUUUUUUGUUCGCAACUUGGAUAAAUUUUUCUUUGUAUUUCUUUAAAUCAAGUGUAAUUUUUAAUUUUGUUGAAUUGCAAAAUGGAAAUAGAUUCAUGGCAAACCUCAAAGUUUCUAGCUCGAGGAGUUCGGAUAUUACAGAUAAACAAUCAGUUUUCCCUCCUAGAUGCCCCUUUCCCGCAUCAUCUUCAUCAUGGGGCGAUGAGAGACCAAAGAGUGGUCUAGAUUCUAGAUGCGAGCAAACUCGACACCGACACACUUUGUCGGAGAGUUUUCAUAUCGACGAGCAACCUCCUUGGCUUGAUGAUCUACUUAACGAAUCAGAGACUCCGGUGAAAAGAAGCGCUCAUCGUCGUUCGUUUAGUGAUUCUUCUCCAAUUCUUGGUGGAUCUAACUUCCAUUCUAACAUAACCAAUCUAUAUGUGGAGGAAGGCAGCCAAAAAGGCUACACUUCAAGCUCUCUCUGGGGAUUGAAUGAAAUAAAUAACCUCAGAGAUGGAAAGAGCUGGGAAUAUACGAACUACACGAGCGAACACGACAACAAUGCAAUAGCACAUAAUAUCAAGAGGGAAGAUCAGAAAGAAUUAGUCCAAGAAGCAAACUGUUCUUCGGAAAUGAAGGAUGAUUCUACUACUAAACGACUUGAGAACGAUUCAAAGAGUGAUAAGAAGUAAGUUUCGGUUGUUAGAUAACGCAGGAGCUGAUUGUUCUUUCACUUUAAAUGUCUUAUCCUCUUUGUGUCAUCGCAGGCAAUUCGCUCGCCAUUCUAGGAUUAGGAAGCUUCAGUACAUUGCUGAGCUAGAGAUGAUUGUCCAAGGAUUACAGGCAUGCCUCUUGAGUUCAUACCAAGAAAAUUGAUCUUGGCUAGAAUGUAUCGAAAAUUAAAAUCUCUGAAGAAUUUAUUCUACGUUUC